AUGACCGGCAUACCAAAGCUCAGCCUUGAAUCACGCCCAGCAUCUGUCACCUUUGCUCCUACAAACGUGUUGGUGAACAAAGGAGGAGAAAAUCACACUCCUGUUCUAACUGGGUCCACUGCAACUGUUGCCUGUGGUCAAGUCCAUACUCCCUCAAUCUUGAAAACUGAAGCUGCCCCAGUCCUAGGGGGAGUUGAGGCUACCCGUUUUCAAGUUCCUUGGCAAGUGGGCAUCUAUCUCAAUAACACAUUUUUAUGUGGAGGAUCGAUACUGGAUAAGUUGUGGAUUUUAACUGCUUCCCACUGCUUCAUAGAUGACAAUCCAUCCUUUUUGGAAAUGCAAGUGACCCUGGAGGAAUUUGACAGCCAGAGAGUGGAGAAGAGGAAGGUGUCAAAACUCAUUCUUCACCCUAACUUCAAUCAAAUAUUCAUGGACCAUGACAUUGCUUUGAUGUUGCUUGAUUCUCCUAUAGAACUUAACAUACAGAAAAUACCCAUCUGCCUGACGACAAAUAUAAAAGAUGUGAAAGAAUGCUGGGUAUCUGGAUGGGGACUCACAAGACCUGUGAAGCAAAUGUCUCUCUCACUGCAAAAAGUUCAUCUUGAGCUCUUAAAACAGGAAGAAUGCUAUAAGAAAGUUUAUUUAUUAAGUGACAACAUGAUCUGUGCCUGGGAUCCUGAAGGAAAAAAAGAUUCCUGCCCGGGUGACAGUGGGGGACCUUUGGUUUGCAACAGCAAGAAUAAUGAGAAAGUAUGGUACCAAAUAGGCAUUGUCAGCUGGGGGGAAGGCUGUGGUCGAAAAGGGAAACCUGGUAUAUACACAGCAGUCUCCAAUUACUUGUUUUGGAUUGUGCUAAAGACCCGUGAGGUGGGCCAUCCCUACAUCUUGUCAUCUUCUGAAUAUUUUUUUGUUCCCCCACAAUGUUUAAUUUUGACAUUGUAUUUUUCAUCUCUUCUCCUGCAAAAGAUCUUUUUUCUCUUUACAAUUACAUAA